GUCUGGGCCAUUAUUUUGUCCUGAAGCGUAAAAUGAACAACAGGCUAAGCGUUCCUUGAAAUGAAUUAAAUAUUAAUUCACGGAAAUAUUUUUUUUCCUCCGUCUUUCCUCCAGAGACCCUCUGAUGGAGCGGGUCGCUCAGUAGCGGGCCAGCUCGGUCCUCCGUUGGACUCGAAGGCCGAAAACGCUGCGCGGGGUGACAGCCCCGUUACAGGCAGGCAGGCGGGCGGGCAGGCGGGCAGCGGUUAGGGUGUUUGUCGGCUCGGCUAGCCGCUCUGCUAGCUUCCUACACAGCGGGAAGGGGAGAGGAGGGCAGCUAAGUCUGGAGAGACGGAGCGGAGACUGGCUCUGUCCAACCGGCAGAAGCGAUGGCUCACCUUGGAGACCUGCAGAACCAGAACACCAAACUGGACCCUGAGGAGUACUUCACCAAGCAGGAGCGAAUAGGAAAGGGUUCUUUUGGAGAGGUUUACAAGGGCAUCAACAACCGCACCAAGGAGGUGGUGGCCAUUAAAAUCAUCGACCUGGAGGAAGCUGAGGAUGAGAUCGAAGACAUUCAGCAGGAGAUCACAGUCCUGAGCCAAUGUGACAGUCCGUUUGUUACCAAGUAUUAUGGAUCAUACCUGAAGGGGACCAAGCUGUGGAUCAUCAUGGAGUAUUUAGGUGGAGGAUCUGCUCUGGAUCUGCUCCGCCCAGGACCUCUGGAAGAAACCUACAUCGCCACCAUACUGCGGGAAAUUCUGAAAGGCCUGGAGUAUCUGCACUCUGAGAGGAAGAUCCACAGAGACAUUAAAGCCGCCAACGUGCUCCUGUCAGAGCAGGGCGACGUGAAGCUGGCAGAUUUCGGAGUUGCUGGACAGCUGACGGACACCCAGAUCAAGAGGAACACAUUUGUUGGCACGCCUUUCUGGAUGGCUCCUGAGGUCAUCAAACAGUCUGCGUACGACUUCAAGGCGGAUAUCUGGUCCCUGGGAAUAACCGCCAUCGAGCUGGCUAAAGGAGAACCGCCCAACUCAGAACUUCACCCCAUGAGGGUCCUGUUCCUCAUCCCCAAAAACCCUCCGCCCACGCUGGAAGGCCCCUACAGUAAACCCUUUAAAGAGUUUGUGGAGGCCUGCUUAAAUAAAGACCCUCGUUUUAGACCGACCGCUAAAGAGCUCCUGAAGCAUAAGUUUAUAACACGUCACACCAAGAAGACAAACUAUCUGACGGAGCUGAUAGACCGUUACCGCCGCUGGAAGUCUGAGGGACACGGGGAGGAGUCCAGCUCUGACGACUCGGACAUGGAUGCUGAUGGCGACGUUGAGCCGACCCCCAUGUGGAACUUCCCCACCGUCAAAUCUAUAAACCAGUUACAGCAGGGCUACCCGCCACCAGAUCCAGAGUCAGGAGAUCCUAUGAAACGACAGCCCAAGUCCCAGUGCUUGUCUGCUUUGGUAACGCCCAUUUUCAGAGAGCUAAAGGACAAGCGGCGGGCCAGUGGAGGAGGA